GUUGUAAAUUCAUUUUCUCGAAAAGCUAAAGCUCAAACUAAAACCCUCGUGUGACGGAGCUAACAUAGUCGGUGCCAAGUUCUUCUGUUUUCCAAUCCAUGGCGUCCCGAAAAGGUGGAGUUUCGCUCCCGGAGAGACGAAACCCGAAGAAAGACGAGAGCAACAGCAUAAUCUUGAGAAUCUCUCAGUCAGAAAUCGUGGCCCGGGGAAAGCAGGCGGCGACGGACGCGGCAUUCGUGACGAAGAAGCUCCUGAAGAGCACCAGCAAGGCGGCCUGGAUCGCCGGCACCACCUUCCUCAUUCUGGUCGUCCCCUUGAUCAUUGAGAUGGACCGUGACCAGCAGAUGAGCGACCUCGAGCUUCAGGCCAGCCUCCUCGGCACACCCUCCUCUCAAAAGUGAUCUCGUAAAUUCAAUACUCUCUACUCCUAGGGUUUUUUAUUUUUUUGAAAUUUGGAGUUUCACGCCAUGGCUCUAUUCAAUUUCAAUUUACUUGAAAUUGUUACGUGAAUUUGAGUUUACAAUAAUAUUCAUUGUUUUUUUUAUACCAGUUAUGUGUUUUUCUGAGCUAUAUGUUUUAGUUGAUACUUUUUCCAGAUUUAAAGAUCAAAUGAGUGUAGUUUUUUGCAGUGUUGAUUGAUUUAGGGCUUAGAUUAGUUACAAUAACAGUGCUGGUUCUGAUUGUACUAUUAUUAUUAUCUGUUUUGUUUAAUUAAUGGUUAAUUCUUAAUAUCUUUGAAUGA